CAUUAAGUAAGCGACUAAAUUAAUUGGAUGUUUGAAUACGGAUGUUUAUCGAUAAGACUCUAAAUACUAUUAAUUGAAUUAAUUUUUUAGAAUCUCACGAUAGUAACCCCUCUCGAACCUCUCGAACCUCAAGCGCUCUAUGCCCUCUGCGACAACUAUCAAACACUACUAGGUCGCCUGCUUGGUUCUAUCCCACCCACGUAUCAUUGGUACCAAAAUAAAUAAAAUCACAAGAUGCCGCCUAUGCCAUCGAACCGUGGCUCUCAUGGCCCCUCUAACCUCGACAAACUCAAGAUGGGCGCCAUGAUGGGUGGCAGCGUUGGCGUUAUCAUCGGCUUCAUUUUCGGAACGGUGAACAUCUUUCGAUAUGGCGCGGGCACGAACGGCAUAAUGCGAACACUGGGGCAAUAUAUGCUGGGCUCCGGGGCUACAUUCGGGUGGGUGAAACCUAAGAUCUUACCCAACUUCUGCGCAACUCUGGAUUAACAACCCCUGGUCAGUUUUUUCAUGUCAAUUGGAAGUGUCAUCAGAACCGAUGCGUCACCUAUUGCGGUUGAGGCCUUUGCGCGAGCACAGCGACGACCUUUCAUCAUCGCAAGACCGGGCACAUACCAACGCCCAAAUUAGUCCCUUAUCAUUUUCCUACCAUGCGGCCACGGAACCGGAACUGAGAAUAAUGGCUAUAAAAUCAUUUAGUUC